UCGUGGGUGGUAGUGGUGGUGGUGGGGUUCAAUUAAAAAAAAAAAAAAUUAUUUUAUCACUUUCUUUUGUUGUCUAGUCAGACAAUAAUUUCAUCUCAUUGCGUUUUGAACAUUAAGAAGCAACACACAGUUAUAUUUUCAUGACUUAUUGACGGCUUCUCACGUAUGUUUUCUUUAAUAAUUAUCAAUGAUGUGUUUCACUGCAGGCCAUUUUAUUUACUAAAUAUAUAUUUCUUUUUUUGGUGAAUAAAUUUCGGUUGAGAGGCCAAGUUAUUUUUCUUCUCCUUCAAACAAUUUUAAUUAUAGAAUCCGUCAGUUUUUCAUCUAUAUUGUAAAUAAAAUCAUUUCCCUCAUUGAUUUAUUCAAAUGCUGCAGCAGCAUUUCACCUGAAACAGAACUGCAAAAUAACAGAACACUCAUUGGUUGUAUAGUGAUCCCACCGUUUACUUUAAAUCAUGGCAGAUGCUCUUCUUUCUACAAAAGUACAAGACAAAAUGCAGAUGUUCUUAUUUAUUUUUCUUUUGGCUGCAGCUUAUUUUGAGACCAAUGCUAAAAUAAGUAACUACCGUCGAGUGUGCUUUAUAACAAGCUGGUCUCAGUAUGUAACUGGGGCAGGGAAGUUUAUGCCAGAAAAUGUAGAUGCCACGCUUUGUACACACAUCAACUAUGCAUUUGCUAAAAUCUCAGGGAACCAAAUUCAUUUUGCUGACUGGAAUGAUGUACCUAGAGACCAUAGCAUAGGACGCUACAAGGAAACUGUGCAGUUAAAACUUCAAAACAGCCAACUGAAAAUUUUACUUUCUGUUGGUGGAUGGAGCCUGGAGAGUCUUCCGUUUUCUGAUAUGGUCUCCACAAGAAUCAAUCGGAAAGAGUUUAUACAGAGUACAAUCAGUUUCUUAAAGCUACAUGGAUUUGAUGGAUUAGACCUGGAUUGGGAAUAUCCAGGAUUUAGAGGAGGCAGAAGUGAAGAUAAAUUUAAGUUUACCUUGCUUCUAAAGGAAUUAAAUGAAGCUUUUGUUGACGAUUCAAAGAAAACUGGGCACGAUCAAUUACUUUUGACCAUAACAGUGGCAGCUGGACAGAAACAUAUAACCAAUGGAUAUGAAGUGGCCAAGAUAGCUAAAAUUGUGGAUUUCAUCAACAUCAUGACAUAUGACUUCCAUGGAGCCUGGCAAAACAAAACUAGCCACCACUCACCUUUAUAUGCACGCCCAGAUGAAGAAGGUGAUGAACGGAAAUCAAACAUGGCUUGGGCAUCUAAAUAUUGGGUGAAGCUUGGCUGUCCAAGUCACAAACUUAAUAUUGGACUUGCACUGUAUGGAAGAGGUUACCGAUUAAAGAAUCCACUGGAUUCAAGAGCUGGUGCAAUGGCAGAUGGUCCGAGUACUGCGAGAAGGUUUAGCACUGAAAACGGUUUUAUAUCUUACUAUGAGGUUUGUCUUGAGCAAAAGGCUGGAGCAGUGGAAAGAUGGAUUGCUGGUAGCGAAGUUCCAUAUAUGGUAGUCAACGAUGAAUGGAUUGGCUAUGAUAAUGAGAGGAGUCUGACGUUGAAGGUAAAAUGGAUGAAAGAAAACCAUUUUGGCGGUGUUUCUGUUUGGGCCUUACCAUUAGAUGACUUCAAAAAUAUGUGUGGUAAAGGAAAAUACCCUUUAAUGAAGAGUAUUGUAAGAGCAAUAACAUUGAGAUCAAGAUUAACCUCAAAAAGAAGACCAAAUUUCAGAAACCCUGGAGUAUUUGAAAGAAAUGUAAGAAAAUGGUGGAGGAAUCACAAAUGAAAGGAAAGCAUUUUCAUUUUAUUACGUCUACAAAACCAAUUUGAAAAAUUUAAACAAAAAAGAAAAACCAACUCUCUUACUGUGAAAAAAAUACAGUUGAAAUUAAAUAUUUGUAACAGAAAAUAUUAUUUCGAUAAAGUAAUUUUUUUUAUA